AUGAGACUUGGAUCAUCAAUUCUCAAUCGACCAAUUCAUCUCUAUCCAUUCAAAAGAGAUAUUGGACCAUCAAUAUCUGAAUCACAUAUUAGAUCGAUACGUCGCAACAUUGAAAAAUGCCAUCAAAUGAAUGGAAUUAUACUUUGUACACCAGAACAUAGAUUAUCAUUCAAUUUAUUUUGGAGAUUGGCAAAAGAUAAAUUGUUUGAUGAAAUGAAUCAAGUCCUUGUAUGGUGGGAAACCAAUAUAUUUGAUAUUAUGGAUGAAUGUGAUGAUCUAUUAUCACACAAAUACCAACUACUCUAUCCAAUCGGAUCAAAGAUUCCACUGAAUGGUGGAUCUGAUCGUUGGAAAGUAAUUGAAGAGGUUCUAUCUGAACUGAAAUUAAUUCUUCAACAUCAUUACAACGAUGACCAAGAUCCAUUCUUAUUUAGAAGAUUCACAUCAGAGAAUGAAAACAAUCAAGACCAAAUGAAAGAGGUGUUGGAUGAACUUUGUGACAAAUUAAUCCAUAAUCUCCCAUUCAACCCAAAUGAAGAAGAGUUUGAAUUGAUAAAACAAUUUGUUGGAUCUGAUGAAGAUACACCAACAAGAAAACAUCGAAAUGCUCUAUCGAUGGUUGAAAAACUUGAAAAACAUCAAACAAGGGUCUUAUUGUAUCGAGGAUUAUUUUCAUAUGAAGUUUUGUUACAUUCACUCUCGAAAACAUGGUCAAAACAUUAUGGUAUUAGAUCAACUGCAUCAUCAUCAUUCAAACGGGACUCUACAUUAUUGGCAGUCCCAUUCAGAGCCAAAGAUACACCCUCUGAGAGAGCUGAAUAUGGUCAUCCAGACUUUGCAAUUAUACUCACCUUUCUCUCAUAUUACAAUCAAGGUUUAUCAUAUAAACAAUUUUGUAAAGCAUUGGAUACUUUAAUAACAAGUCACAAACACGAAGCAUCAGAUAUCUACAGAUCAUGGACAGAUUAUGACCCAACAAUUGAAGAAAAAUAUAGAGAUUUCAAAUGUAUUGUCAAAUCUGAUAAUCAAUUGAUCAAACAUCUCUAUUCUCUAUUCAAAUUCAAUUGUAGAGUCAUCAAUUUCUGGUUGAAUGAAUUGGUAUUCCCAUAUGAAACUAAACAAUUCCCUUCCAAACUAUUUGCCAAUUCAUGCGAUUUGGUUUAUCCAAAAUCAAACUCCAAGAAACAUAUUUCAUGUGGAUUCAGUGGUACCAAUGACACUAAAUGUCUCUAUCCUCUUACUAUUCAACAAAAUGAUUUGGAUCGACUCAAAUAUACCAAUGUUCAAGUAUUGAAUUAUAUUCUUGAUCAAAAUGAUCAAUCAAACAAGGUUCAUAUCGUUGAUGAAAAUAACAUACUCGGGGAGAUAUUCAAGCUCAACAACAAUCAAAGUGGACACUAUUACAACAUACUUAUUGAUGCAGGAGCAUUAAUGAUUGGUAAAUCAAAUGAAGAUGUUGUAAAGAGAUGGUUAGAAUUGGAAUCAACAACAAGAAUAGAUGGAGCUCUAUUUUUUGAAAAUGAUAAACUGACAACAAUCGAUCGAGAAGGAAAGAAGUUUAUAUUCAGUCAAUCACCACUCUCUGACAGAUUAGAUAGAGUUUUAGUUUAUUUGGAUGAUUAUCAUACUCGUGGUGUUGAUAUUAAACUUCCAAUCAACAGUAAUGCAAUGGUUACAAUUGGAAACAAGAUAACAAAAGAAAAACUCCUUCAAGCAUGUAUGAGAAUGAGAAAGUUGGGACAAGGUCAAACUAUUUCAAUUCUCAUUUCAAAGAAUCUUGGAAUUGAAUUAAAGAAUGAAAGAGGUGAACUUGAACCACUAUCAAAAUCACCAGAGAUUCAAGAUAUUUUGAAAUGGACAAUUCAAAAUACAAUAGACACUAUUACCGACUCUUUUAUUCAAUGGACAUUCCAAGGAAUGAUGAAUGCAAGAAGUAAAUCUGCCAUUUCACUUUUGGCAAUGGAUAAUGUUGAAAACAAGAGAUCUAUCUUUUCAAGAUUAGUUGCAUUCCCCGAGAAUCUCUCAUUAUACGAUAUGUAUUCUUCAUUGUAUCGACAAGAAAAGGGUAACGCUGUUGUUUCAUCAAUGAGAAGCAACUUGGAAAAGACAUUUGAAAACGAUGUUGGAAAUGCCAAAGUUUUCAAACUACUUGACAAAAUGCAUUCAAAACAAUCAAUACAAAUUUGUCGGUAUGCCGAAGACAAGAUAGAAGAUCAAAAGAUAUUUUCAAACAUGGUCGAUGAAGAACAAGAAAGAGAGUUUGAAGUGGAAGUUGAAAAUGAAAUUGAAAGACAAUUGCCACCAAAAGUUGAACCAUAUGAAGAAGUUAUUAGUAAAGUAUGGAAUGAUGUAUUGACUGGAAAAACAAACAUUUCAAACUGUCCAAUAUUCCUACCAAUCAAAGAUAUAUUCAAGAAAACAUUGGUUUGGCAGUGUUUGGAAAUUCAAAAGGAAUGUUUCUCACCCUCCAUUUUGGCCACCCAAAACUUUACCAAAACCGUUGUUCAUGACAACAAUGUGGUUGAUAAUAUCGAUGAUUUUGUCAAACAAAUCAAUUACACUUUGGUUGUUUGGAAUGGUGACUCUCCAAAUAUUAUUGUAUUGUCAAUGAAGGAGGCAAAUCAUUUAAUCAACUUGUUGGACCAAUUGGAGCAAAACAACGAUAUACCCAUUUUCGCAUCAAUUCAUCAAACCAUCCAAAGGGAAAGACCAACCCAAACAGAGUAUUUCAACAAACUAUAUACUCGUUUACCCACCAAUUACAAUAUUCAAUCAAUUGAUCCAUUAUUAAAUCAACUCAAUGUAUUAAAUGGAUCAAAAUACUUUGAUAAUCUAGCAGAUAUUUAUCAAUUCCUUGGUAUCUUUAGAUGCAAGCCAAAAGAAAGAAUGACACAACUCAUCAACAGAGGAUACAUUGAUCAAUUUGGUUUUGUCUUUGAUCAUGUCAACCAAAAUGAUAUUAGCCAAUUAUCAUCAACCGUUCUUGAUGAUGCUCUAUCUAAUCAACUACUCUCGAUCAUCAAAACAAGAUGUUUUAAAAAAUGUCCCAUCGAUCUAUUGGAAAAGAAUUUACAAUUACAAAGAAUUUAUUCUGUUGGUUUUAGUCAUAUUGAAAACAUUUUAAAUAAUAAAUAA